CCAUAUAACGAAAGCUAUUCCUCACCUUGAUUUCAAUACCAAUUUUGAUUUCAUUAUUGACAUUUUCAGUACAUUAUUCUAUUUAUAUUUUGUCAAAUUUGUAACAAGAGUUUUUUUACAAUCACUGGAACAAGAACGUAGUGAGGUGAAGAGAAAACAGCGAAGCGUAGAGAUCAAAAAGGUGGUGCAGCGACGCAACAGUAAAUCGCAGCAAAUAAUAGUGGUGGAUGUAGUGUUUUCUAAUCGACAUACCGUUCUUCGAUAUUAUUGUUUUUAGUUUUGUUGUCAUCACUUCAAUUAGUAAAAAUGCUUGAUCCCGGUGAUGCUAUUGACAUGAAAUCAUGUCGAAUAUGUUUGUCUAAUAAAAAACCUUUAUGUCCCCUAUUCAAGUAUAAAUUGUCCGGGAAUUACGCUGAAAUGCUUACUGCAGUUGCUGAUGUAAAAGUGGCUGCAUGUGAUGGCUUGCCGGACAGAAUAUGCCAGAAGUGUUGCAAUGCAUUGGAGAAAGCUUAUCUGCUCAAAACUGUUGCAGAAAGAACUGAUAAGAAGCUAAGAAAGAUGUUGGCAAGAGCACACGAACAAGUUCCAACAAAGAAAAUUGCAUUUGAUUCUUUUACUGACAUAAAAAGUGAAAUUGGACCUUUGAAUAUAAAAUGUGAGCCAAAAUGGGAAAUGGAAAUUGACGUCUUGGCUGACACAAAACCUAUUGAGACUAUCGAAGGAAAGGAUAUAGUUAUCGCUAACACUGUAAUCCGAAAGGUUGAUGUCAACGAAGAACCUAGAAGUGCCCCGGUCAGCACUGAAGUUGAUCUUACUUGGAAAUCUACAAAAAUAAGCUCGGAGAGUGAUAAUGAUGUUGAAUAUCUGGAUGAUGAUAUUUUCCAAGAUGACGAUGAUGAUGACUAUGUGCCACCAACAGGAAAACAGAAAACUAAAUUCAAGAAGCCAAAACUAUCUGAAAUAAAAGUGUUCAAGGGCAAGAAAACUGUUGUGAGAAAAGUAAAGGUUCUUAAGAAGAUCAAAGAAGAGAUUGAUGAACCAGGCAGAAGUGAAGAUGGUAAAACAAAAACCACAAUGAUCACUUGCUAUCCUAUAAUGAAGAAUGGUACUAGAGGUCCACCGAUUCUUCUAAAGAGACCAAAAGAUGCUACCGUUCUUAAAGUACAUCCUAACUACAAAGUUAGAGCAACACCUGCAUCUUCGGAUCAGAAUAAGGUUGUGCGUCGCACUGACAAGACAGUCCGGAUGGUGAGGACUGCCAAGCCCAUUGUGAGACAAAGAGAAAAGCUUGUGUGUCCUGUGUGUGGUAUUCUUACCUUCACACUGGGAAAUCAUAUUGCAACACAUCAAGAGAAAAAGAAGUUUUCAUGUUCUCAAUGUUCGAAAACCUUCUCGCAAAAGAGCAAUUUGCUGGCUCAUGCAAAACAGCAUUCUGGGGUGAAAGAUCACAUUUGCGAGAUUUGUGGAGCUGGAUUUUACAGUCAGAAGUCUUUAGUCAGACACAAUCUAAUACAUAAGGGAGAAAGACCAUUCCCUUGCCACCUAUGUCAUAAGAGAUUUAUUGCCGCGCCGGCCCUACGACGCCAUAUGAGAAUACACACGGGCGACAAAAAGUUCGUCUGCUCGUUCUGCAAUAAAGGCUUUACGCAAAGUCACCAUCUGCAAAACCACGAACUCGUUCACACGGGUCGAAAGCCAUACUCUUGCGAGGUGUGCAACGUGGCGUUCAGCUACAAGGUGAACCUCAACAACCACGUGUACAAGGUGCACGGCAUCAACCUGAAGUUCAAGUCUAUCCACACGGUCACGGAGGACGUGCUGCGCCGCGAGAUGGGAAUGGGCAGCGAGACGCGCGCCGCCAUCGCGCACAUCAUGCCGCAGCUCGACUCGCAGCCCGCCGCCGAGUACAGCGGCUAACAGUGUUGCUUAUCGGUAGUCAAGAACAUAAUAGUAUCGAUAGUAUCGCCAUGUGCAAUAGUAUUGAUACUAUCGAUAGUUUUACGUCCGAUACUAUCGAUAGUACUGCAAAAACUGACAGAAGUAACUAUAGAUACUAUCUAUUGAGGAGUUUAAAAUCAAAAAGUAACAUUUAUGAUAGCAUCGACUUAAAUUUCAAGUCGAUCCACAAGGUGACGGAGGAGGUGCUUCGUCGCGAGAUGAGCAUUGGCAGCGAGACUCGCGCACAUCAUCAUGCCGCAGCUCGACUUGCAGCCCGCCGCUGAGUACAGCGGCUAACACGGAACCACUGAGUCCAAUAUCGAUAUAGAGGACGAAGUGGUGUUGGUAGUCCACUACCGAUCGAUAGUCAAGACAAAAAUUAUGGUAUCGAUAGUAUCGUCAUGUGCAAAGUAUUGAUACUAUUGACAGGGUUAUAUGAGCAAUACUAUUGAUAAUGGUAUUCUGAUUUCUAAGAGCAUUAAACAUAAGCAGCCGAAUGUAAGGUUAUUUCUGACAGUUUUUGCAAUAAUAUCGAUAGUAUAACUAUAGAUUGUAUCGAUAUAUUGCGAUACUAUCUGUAUCCUGAAUAUUUUUCGAGGUCGACUGUCGAUUGUGAAAUAUUAUCGAUGGUCCCCUAACGCUAGGACGAAGCUUAAAACUCGAAGAAUUCAAGCAUAGAUUGAGGCUUGUGAUUUGUUUAAUUUAAUAUCUAGACCAAUCAGGAUAGAAUUUAUGAUUGAGAUUUAAUCGAGUUUUCAGCGUUA